GCCAUAGAGCAACCAGGCUGGCCCACCCCAAACUAAUCCCAAUCCUUCGCACGUUUACGGUGGCGACUGGCGAUGCUCCCCGCUGCGGUCGUCCGUUCGUCACUCCGCCUUGCCCCUCCCCGCGCCGCCGCUCGUCGGAGAGCCGCCGCCGUCAUCACGAUGCGGGACAGGAGCAAGAACCGGAAGCCGACGCAGCGGGGUCGCUACCUCAGCACCGAGGCCAUCCAGGCCGUCCAGUCCCUCAAGCGCGCCGCCCUCCGGGGCUCCCCCUCCGCCGCCGCCGCCGCCGUCCCCGUGGAGCCCAAGCUCCGGCGGCUGCUCAAGGCCGACAUGGUCGCCGUCUUCCGCGAGCUCGCCGCGCAGGGCGAGGCCCUCCUCGCUCUCCAGGUCUUUGAGGAGAUCCGGAAGGAGCAUUGGUACAAGCCUAAGUUGCUGUUGUACGUCGAUAUCGUGACAGUGCUGGCAAGCAAAGGGUUGCGGUCUGAGGUUGACAAGGUUUGUUCAUAUCUGAAGAGGGAGCAGUUGGAACCUGACACUGAAGGCUUCAAUGUGCUUCUGAAGGCACUGCUGGAUGCCGAGUUUACACAAUUAACCAUGGACUGCUUCCGUCUAAUGAAACUAUGGGACAGUGAUCCCGACAGGAUAACAUACAGAACAUUGAUUAAAGGCCUUGAGUCCCUAGGAGAGAUGGGUCUAUCUGCUGAUAUAAAGUUGGAGGCGCAGAACGAUUACGGUGACUUGGACUUUCUUGAUGAAGAGGAGAUGAUCGAUACUCUGGAACAAAAGAGCAUUUGGCGAGGUUCAUCGCUCAUCGCGGAGAAUAGGAGGGCACGAAUUAGCUCUUAACAGGAUGUGUCACUGGUAGUGAUCUUACCACUCUAUCUAAUCUGCAUUUCAGUAUUUGUGAAACUUAGCACGGUUGCGUACAUGGUUGUUUGACUGUUUGACAAGGAGAUCAUUGUGAAAUACCAGGAAGCUUUUAGUAUAGAUGAGAAGAAUAUGAUAGACAUUGCACCCAGCAGAAUUUGAUGACUGGUGACGACUUAUACUCACCUGAUCAUUCUAAUGUAGAAGAAAGCAUAUCUGAGAUCUUUUUUAUGUUCAUGCUUUUUUCCAUAGAUUUUUUCCCCCUUAAAAAGUUCUGUGUAUAAUCAUGCAUUGCUGCCUUGUACUUGAACUUGAGAAAUCUAGUAAUAUGAUACAAUUCCACUUA